AUGGCAGACAAGGUCGACGCGCCAACCUCCUCCACAGACACCGGCUCCAUCAAGGAGGCCCUCACCGGCGCCUCACCAAAGGCCAUCAUUAAAAACGUCGACAUGAGCGAGGAGAUGCAGCAAGAGAGCGUCGACAUCGCGUCCGCCGCGCUCGAGAAAUACAACAUCGAGAAAGACAUCGCCGCUCAAAUCAAGAAGGAAUUCGACCGAAGACACGGUCCCACCUGGCAUGUCGUUGUAGGAAAGAACUUUGGCAGUUAUGUCACCCAUGAAACCAAACACUUCAUCUAUUUCUAUGUCGGCAACCUCGCUAUCCUCAUCUGGAAGUCAUAG